GAGCUUGUCCAAUGUUGAGACUGAAAUGCUGGAUGGUUGUUAUCUGGCUUUUGCACGUGACCAGAGUUGGCAAUGUCAGUUCCGUGGGUGGCUCAGGAGAUAAUGCUAAGAAGGAGGAACAGAAGGGAGUUCGCUUGGCAACCACCAUCCCUGAAAGGAUUGUCAGUGAACCCUCACAGCAGCAGCUGAGGCUGAGCAAGCAAAUCCUGACCAGAACCGGAGACCCCAGCAUCCCCCUCUCGAUUCAUGAUGGAUCAAGUAGACAGCCACUUUGAGGACUAAGAUGCACCUGACCCAAGACAUGGUGUUUUCAAUCGCCUCAUAUGCAUGCCAAAGGACAAUGAAUAAGGAAGACUGAAGAACUGAUGCCUUUGAAUGAUGGGGUUGGUGAAGAAUAUUGAAUAUAUCAUGGGCUGCCAGAAGAACAAACAAAUCUGUCUUAGGAAAAGUACCAGCCAGAAGGCUCCUUAGAAGUGAGGAUGGCGAGACUUCAUCUCUCAUGGUUUGGACAUGUUACCAGGAGGGACCAGUCCCUGGAGAAGGACAUCAUGCUUGGUAAAGUAGAGGGUCAACUACAAAUAAGAAGACCCUCCACGAGAUGGACUGACACAGUGGCUGCAACAAGGGGCUCAAGCACGACCAAAAAAAGAAAAAUGAAGGACCAGGCAGUGUUUCCUUCUGUUGUACAUGGGGUCGCUAUGAGUCGGAACCAACUUGACGGCAGCUAGCAAUAACAACACAAUCUUUACAAGAGCAGAUCACCAGAACUUUUCUCCAGGAGAGCAGCUGAUGUGACAGUAAGUGAACCAAGAACUUGAAAAAUAACGAAGAUGGUUUUAAGCCAGAAUGCCUCUGUGAUCAGACCUCUUAACUUAUAUCCCUGGGUGUACAUCAGCCUUGUGUUCGUCACUUCACAUGCUUUGCCUGAUUUUUUAGAGAAACCUUGCACUUUAAAGAUAACGCUACGAAACUUCCAGUCAAUCUUCUCAUGGGAAUUAAAAAACCAUUCCAUUGUACCAACACACUAUACAUUAUGGUACACGAUCAUGAGUAAACCAGAAGGCAUGAAGAUGGUUGAAGGCUGUACAAAUAUUACGAGACCGUUUUGUGACCUAACAGAUUUAUGGAACAACAUGCAUGAGACCUACAUCCCAAGAGUCGUGGCAUUCAAAGGGAACACAGAGCUGGUCAGCUGUGUGGACAGUAUCUUCCUGCCCUUAAACAUGAGUUUUGACCCUCCGGACUUUGAGAUUGUUGACUCUAUGGGCCACAUUAAUGUGAUAGUGAAAUUCCCAUACAACGCUCCCAAGAUAAGUGUGGACAGGCUGCGGCGUCAUUUGUCCCUCGUCAUUGAACAGCGAUCAGAGGAGAUAGUGAAGAAGCAUAAACCCAAAAUAACUGGAAACGUCACUGGAGAUUUCGUUUAUGUCCUGGACAAGUUGAUUCCAAACACAAACUACUGUGUGUCUGUCUAUUUUGAACCUAAAAAUCUGCGAGCAGUAAUCAGAUCCCCCCUAAAAUGUACCCUCCUUCCAGGCCUGGAACCAGAGUCAUCGGAAUCUGCCAUAAUAGGAGGAAUAGUCACUGUGUUUUUAAUAGCAACUGUCUUCAUAAGCAGCAUAGUAACACUGAAGCGGAUUGGUUAUAUAUACCUAAGAUAUAACCUCCCCGAUGCAUUGAAUUUUUAUAACAGGCCAGCCUGGAUCUUUCCGGAGCCGCCACCAUUGGAAGCAGUGGAUACAGUGGAUGUCAUUUAUAUCAACCGAAAGAAGAAAGUGCGGGACUACAAUUCUGAUGAUGAGACUGACAGCGAGGAUGAGACCGCUCCUAGAGUGAGCGCUGGCGGUUACACCAGGCAUGGGCUAAUCACCAAGCUCCUGACUCAGGCUUCCACCUCCUUGUCCACCUCCAAGGAGUCACAGCUCAUAGACCUAGAUGUGGGUGAAGAUUACCUGUCAGAGGCUGAGGCUGAGCCCCCACUGGUGCCAGAGCCUAGCUCCGGGCAGUCAGAAUGUGCAAGUGGACCCUAUGACAGGAGAGAGAGUGAGCUCCAGGACCCCUUUUCCGAGGAGGACAACAGCUCCACCGAGGGCUCUGGGGACAGGAUAAUCUUUAAUGUGAAUUUAAACUCUGUGUUUGUGAGGGCCCUCGACAACGACGAUGAUGGAGAUGUCUCACCGAUGCUUCCAGAAGAGACAGUUGACCUAGAGAACCCUGAUGAGAUGGAAUCAAGCUUUCUGAUCCCCAGGGAGGAGGGGAUGCCGCCGCCCUUCCCCAGCACCUCCGAGGAGCACUUGGAGUCCGAAGAUGCUCCUUCCGAGAAAAGCGACUCUUCUGAGUCAGAUGUUGACAUUGGGGACGGUUAUGUAAUGAGAUGAUUCUAAAAAUGUUUAACUGGAACUGACAAGUAGAUGUUACAGCGUUCUCCCUUCUUGCACCCUUCCUUGCCCAUCUGUGGUCUGGAAGUGUUCUUCAAGGGAAGGAGCAGAAAACUAAAAUCAAGCCAGUUCUUGCCUGUAACAUCAUCUAUGCAGACCAGACACAUGGUAGCACUCAGUGCAUUGUUUACAUGCUCAAAGUGAUACACUUGGAAGGGAGAAUUCUCUAGCAGUUCUCUUUGCUCUGGUGUACUUACAGUGUAUCUACAUGAUAGCUGUCAGAGUAAGAAGCAAGA